AUAUUAAUGAGCGAGGGUCGGGACGCCUCUGAUUGGCUCUCGCUCCCUGUUACCAGGACAACUGAAACAAAACGGAACAGUUUCAUUGACUAAAGAAGGGCACGAGCCAAAAUCUUUGAAAUUAAAACGGUCUCAGAUGGACGUACAGCCAGAAAAUGAAGGCAACUAUGUAAAGAAUGAUGCAGAAACAGUGGUGUCAGCAGACUUAACCAACCAGGAGACUGUCCCUACCACUGAUAAUGGCAGUGAAACCAUCCUGGCUGACACAGUGGCUUCAGAUCCUGAUGAAGAAAUCUUAGAAAGUGUGAGAGCAGAUGGUGAAGACACAGCUGCCUCUGGAUCAGAAGAAAACCUGAGAAAUGACUUAGAUGUUGAGAUAGGCUCUGCCAAUGAAAAUCAAACAGCACACGAAGAGAGUGUUGUUUUUGAUAAUAACAGUACUGGCGAAGAUGGACCUCCCAGACUGCAUCUGGAGACCCCUGAUAAAGAGACGGCCAGUCCACAUGAGGAGGAAGUCAAGGCUGAAGAAGAGGAGCACACUCCUGCAGAAGAAAUCAGCUAUGAAGAGUACACUAAACUCCUCCAAGAGCUGUGUGAGCAGAGAGAUAAGGCAAUCCAGCGCAGCAGGCAGCUGCAGGGGAAGCUGGUGGAGUAUUUCCGCAAGAAAGGUGGGGUCGAUGUUCAGGUGGAGACAGAGAAGCAGGUACCGGAGCUGUUGCAGGAGUAUGAGAGGUACAUGGACAUGCUGACGGAGCUGAAGCAGCAGAUAAACACAGAAACAGAGAUUGCUGAGCAGCAGGAGGAGGAGCUGAGGGUACAGUCCCAGGAGAAGCUGGACAAGGUGAAAAAUGAAUGGCGAGCAUUCAUGGCACUGAAGCAGGACGUUGCAGUCUCCGUUCUGAGCCGGCUCCUUGGUAAACAAGCCGCUCAGGCUAAAGUGGAGUCAAGUCUUGCAGCCGAGCAGCUCCAUCAGGAUGAGCUUAUCAAGCUGCGUCUGAAGCACCUCAAUCUCAGGGUUAAGGUUAACCGACUGGAGGCGGAGCUACGUCAUGAAGACGAGCAGAGGGACCCGCUCCAGCUCCAGUUUGAGCGUCUGCAGGCCCAACAGCUGGAGCAGAGGAGACGGACUGAAAAGCAGAAUGAGGAAUCAGUGAAGAUGCAGAAAAAGAUCAGCAGCAGCUUGGAGGUGCUGUCCAGUGUGAAGGAGAAGCUGUCCUGGAGCCAGAUGGAGGUCCAGACCAAGAAAGAGCAGUUGGCUGAGGUGGAAGCCACACUGGCCAGGAAGAGGGAGCUCCUGACCAGGAUGAAGAAGGCUCGAAACAAUCUGCAGAUAGAAAACCUGAGGCUGAAGGAGCGCUGUGGGCUGCGGGGGAACAGGGCCCUGCUGCUGGACUUUGAAGACACUGUAGAGGCUUCAGACCUCCUGGAGGAAAAACUCGAGGGACUAAAGCUAAGACUGUCUGUGGCAGGUGGAGGAAAACGCUGGAGACAAAUCGACCAAUGAGGGGACGAGUAAAUGUGAUAAUUUCACUGUUUCCUGAUUGUAUGCAAAGCUGCUUUUUAUUGGUCAUGAAUUCAACCACAGAAAGAGAAAGUUGCUAUGGAUUGAAAAGUAAA